CAAUUUUCUUUCAAUAUCGCUGCGCUUUUUCGCUUCUUUCUUUUGCGGUUCGGUCGCCGGUGUCGUCGGGAUCACCGCCGCACUUCUCGAGUCUUUUCCUCGACGGGAAAAAGGGAUCUAAAUUUUAUUGCCCGUUCCUGGGGGCGUCUGACACAGGCGUCCUUCCUUACAUCGGGAGACUCGCCCAUCUCGCAUUCUUAGCAGCCAUUUUUCCAGGGGUGCCACCGAAAAGUAGGCCAAUUCGAGGACUUAGGCUGGAAACAGUGAGAAGAAAGCUGCGUGAUGACAACGGACUGUGAUUCACCGCUGUUUAAAAAGCUGGUCAAGGACGCAUGCCCUGUUGCAUCUAUCAGAACAUCAUUAUACAGACAGUAAUAUUUCUGUCUUUAAGUGUAUUGUGUUAUUAACGGAUCCAGGAUGUCCAGUCAUGCGGCUGCUGCCAUCUCCGCCAUGAUCACCAGCCAGGUGUACCCGCAGAUGUGGCGACCGGCACCGCGCCCUGCCAGGCGGAGCCAGAAUCGCAGCCGGCAGCCCAAGGAUCGGGCCAUCUUCUCAAAGGGGAAUACCAAAGCUGUAGGGAGCAUACAGGUUUUAAUCGGAGUUGGAGUCCUUGCCACUGUCUUCUUUACAUACCUAUUGUGGCAUGGCAUCCCGGCUGUUUUCAUCACGAUUUCUUUGGUUUUGAGCAUAAUGUGUAUCAUCAGCGGGGUGGUGUCUGCCUUUGCCAGGGGAAAUAAGCUGAUCAUAGCGGCUGUCGUCACCAGCUCCCUCAGCGCCAUCAUGGCCCUCGUCAGCAUCGUCAUCGACAGCCUUUUUGUCUUCUGCGGCUUGUGUAACGGGAUUCUGCUGUUCCUCUCCUUCCUGAACCUCUUCAUCACUGUGCUGAGUAUAUUUUACGGGUGCAAGGUUCUCUGCCAUGCUGGCACCCAGGAGCCUGUGACCGGCAGACAAGAAGGUUGGAGGGAUGGGUUGUCUAGGCGGGAAGAUGAGAAAAUGCUGAAUACCUUCAUCCUCGGCCCGCAGGCCAAGAACCCUGCUACUCACCAACCGUGAUCUGCAUCUCUGCAUUGGCCGAUGUUUCCUUCCCAGAAUUCCCUGUCCUUUUUACUCCCCCAAGCAAAGGCUUGUUCAUCAGGACACAAGCCUGGUGUUCAGGCCACGGCUGCCUUUGUGCAUCAGGGAUCACCAGAUUCUAACUAAAAUGAUCUAAUACCCAUCAGCAGGUGGUAUAUAAACCUUAUAGAAAAACACUUAUAGACCAAAAGAAUCUCUUAAGAAAAAAAAGGAGAAUGGAAACCAGAAAACUCAGAAUGAUUCUCUAACAGGAAUGCUCUUCAGUGUGCUGUGGCUGCAAAUGUUUUGGUUCAGUGGAAUCAUCUACUGAUGGUCCAGAACAUUCUGACAAAAUGCAGACGUUGCUCCUCGACGCAUCCGAAGGUUCCUUUUAUGAUGUUGCUUGGUGGUGGAGAACAGACUUCUGGGCUGCGGUGUCUGCUGAAUUUAGAGUCACCUCUCACUCCGGAGUGCCAUGUAAGGUGUUUUCCAGCCAUGGUGAAGGUUCCCACCCCAUAUUACAAAAUAAGAUUUUGUACAUAUUUAUGUUUAAGAAGAUAGCUCUGACAUUGUUUUGUUAAAUUAAAUAAAAACCCGAAGUGCACAUCAAGAGCAGAAAACAGCUGAGAAACAUUCUCCAGCUUCCUCAGGAUAGGGUUGCAGAAGUCGUUGGAAUGUUCUAUGGAUCUAGCAUAAAGAGCUCAAUGCUUGGCUCCCGCUAACCACUUGUGGGAGAGGGCAAAGCCUCAGCCUGCCUCAGCCUUUAGGUGCCUUUACUCAGUGGGUCCAACGGGGAAGACCUCCGAGGCGGCCGUCAGCUGUGUGUAGAUGGAAAAUCAGGACAGGUGUGUUGCUUUCCUCACAGAGUGUACUCACCAGCAACUGAGUCCCCGAUCUGACAUGUAAGUGGAUGUUUCGGAAUUCAGUGAAGAGGUGCAUUGUGGGAGGUGGCGGUGUGCUACACCACACCGUGCUAUUUGUAAUCGGUGAGGAAGAAGCAUCCAACCCAGGAUUAACCAUUCCUAGCUUAUCCAAGUUUUGCCUAAUCUUUUUCAUAAUGUUGGCCUUUUUUAACAAGUGUUUUUUUCUCCAGCUAUAUAUUGUAUUGAAUUGGAAUUAACCAAUUUUAAGUACAAUUCCUGUUCCAGUUCAGUAUUGACCUGAAACUUCUUUGCACUGUAUCUAUUUGCUUAGAAUGUUUUUUUUGCACUUUACUUUAUACUCCAUUACCAGUUGUGUCACAUAAGAACAUAAGAACUAUACAAACGAGAGGAGGCCAUUCGGCCCAUCGAGCUCGCUUGGGGAGAACUUAACUAAUAGCUCAGAGUUGUUAAAAUCUUAUCUAGCUCUGAUUUAAAGGAA